CCAUAGUGAAAUAUUUCUAGUAUCCAAAACUUCAUGACUGGCUUCCUACAUACGUUUACUUCUACAAGACCAACCUGGUAGCAAAAAAAGUACAAGGCCGGAACUACACUUUUUUGAUCAACCCCCGCUACUGCGUAAUCGCACUCAAUUUUGAAAGCAACGCAAGUAACAAGCAGAAUCACCAAACAAGAAACCCAAAUCGCAUUGGACAACCCAAAAUGUAAAGAAACCCCAGCUACCUCAUCACGCAAUGAUAACCGGGAGACAAUGAAUCGUAAAACCCCACCCAUUUAGGCAUAGUGCCUACGAGUCAUCGAAUCUCAGUACUUAGAGAACAACAUCCUACUCACAAUAUAUACCCAAACGCAAAAAUACCCAUACUAUCAACCAUAAAGCCUGUCUGACCCUGGAAACACCACAUCCCCCCCAUCAACCCCACCAACCACAACCAUGCCUGCAAUGCUCGACGACCCCACAACCCCCCCAAUCCAGCGCACAACCCCAAUCCCCUCCUUCACCCCCACCCCCGUCACCCUUCGCGACGGCACCACCCGUGCCACCAUCCUCCCCUUCACCUCGCCCUCGCAGGUCCCCCCCUCCCUCAUCUCCUUUCUCUGCACGCAACUCGCCCUUGAAAUCGCCGCUGGGGACACCUACCCGAUGCUCGACCCUUUACCUCUUGAGGCCUUCGGACCCUACUGGUUCAGCACCUUCGCCGCCAUCAUGGUGCUUGGGGAGGGCUUGAGUGUGGAGGGCUUGGGGGAGGAGAAAUGGGAGGAGAAGUGCUUAGGGAGUUUUUAUGUGAAGCCGAAUUAUCCGGGGAGGAGUAGUCAUGUUUGUAAUGGGGGGUUUUUGGUGAAUGGAAAGAAGAGAAAUUUAGGGGUGGGGAAGGCGCUGGGCAAGGCGUAUUUGGAGUGGGCGCCUAGACUGGUGAGUUUUUAUCGCGGUUGAUGAAGAUGGAUCUUUUGAGCUGAUGGAGAACAGGGAUUCACGUAUUCGGUGUUUAAUCUAGUGUACGAGACGAAUGUUGCAUCAUGUAAGAUUUGGGAUUCGUUGGGGUUUGAGAGGAUUGGGCGGGUGAAGAAGUGUGGGGUU